AUGAAACCCUCGACCCCACUUCACAACCUUUUGGUCUCCUUGUUUCUGCGCAGGUCAAACCUAUCCCGUAAGAGUACGUCGCUAGCCUCGACACCAACGACGUCAUCAGCAACGCCGGCAGUUGCAGCGGCGACAACGACGGCGACGUCGAAUAGUAGUACACCAGCGAGUAGUACGAAGAAGUCACUGUCAGCGAGCGUUGCAGCGGACAGUAGCAGCUCGGACGAAAAGCAGAAAUUCUUCAGGCUCAGUGCCUUCAAUAAACGAGCCAAAGCUCAGCAGCAGCAGCAGCAGCAGCAAAAGGCCAAAGCUCCACCAGCGCGGGUGCCACCUUUACCUACCGAAGAGUCGAGUGACGAAGAGGAGAAGGAAGAGGACGAGGUAGAGGAAGAAGAAGAGGAAGAAACGACAAGUGACGACAGCGAAGAGGAAUACUAUUCGAGCGAGGAACAGCCGCCGGCGGCAAAUAAAUCUUCCUCAGAUAAGAUGAGCAAGAAGGCACCUUUUAUCUGCGACACCAAGGACGAUAAACCUUGGGGUUUCGCUGCUGCGGCGGCCAAACUGAGCGUCGAUAGCAGUCCUUUCUUCAGUAACAUCACGAAUACCUUUGGGGCGACUUUGCCGAAGCUCGAUGUGCCUAUCGGUGAAAAAUCGACCUUCGGCUUGUGUCUCGAUCCCAAAAGUAAAAAUGAUCACAAACACAUGCAAGAAAGUAAAAAGUCUACUAACAGAGAACCUCAAUCGAGGCCAAAACCUCCUGGUAGUGGCCAAUUGAGAGGCCUUUUCGACGGACUAAGUCAUUUCUUUGCGGCGUCGGGUAAGAGUACCAGUAGGGCGAAACCUGGCGCACCACCACCAAAUUACGCACCUGACCGAAGAAAAAGACAGUUGCAGAUUCAGCAACAAGAAAAUACCUCAACAAAAAGGAUCACAACGCCUACGGCGACACUAACUCCGAAACUCGCAGCACCGAAGAUGCCUAGUACGACGACAAGGACAACAGUAGCGCCAACGACAGCAGUGACCACCGAAGGUCCGACGAGAGGGAAAAAAGAAGUGGCUAAAGUAACGAGAAUUCCGAGGCCAGGAAUCUUUACACCCUCUGAAGAAGGCGCCAAUUGUUUGUUCGAGCUGACGGGUGAGAAGCCAUCGAAGAUGACACCCUCGGGUCUGGUAAAAACGGCGGUGAACAGUAAACGACAUGAGCAAGAGAGGCGGAAGUUACGGGGCAUAGACGGCGCCUCAUUAGUCAAAUGCGCAAGUCAAGAGGACAUAUCGAAAAAGAAGAAGGAACAGCAGCAACAACACCCUGAGCCGA